AUGUUUGCUAAAACUUUUCUUCUCUUGUUACUUCUUCCCUAUCUAAUUUCUACGGAACCACUUGAACUAACAGACACAACAUGGAAAAAUAUGUUAAAUGGUCAAUGGAUGGUAGAAUUCUAUGCAACAUGGUGUUCUGCUUGUCAAUAUUUUAAACCAACAUGGAAGGAUUUUUCUUAUGCUAUGUCAUCAAAAAACAUUAAAGUAGCUGCUAUUGACAUUGAUCAAUAUCCUUCACUUUCAAAUCGUUUUCGUAUUUCGUCACUACCUACUAUUUUUUAUGUACGUGAUGGUGUUUUUCGUGAAUAUAAUGGUGAACGUUCAUUACAUGCUUUACAAAAUUAUAUUGAAAAUGAAGAUUGGCAAAAAACAGAACCACUAUCAUCAUAUACUGCUCCAAAUAGUUAUUUAAUGUCAUUAAACAGCAUGGCUCUUGAGUUAUCUGUAGUACUUAAGAAUGCUUAUACGUUAUUACACGAUCAACACGGAUUGCCAACAUGGUUUAUUUAUACUAUCCUGGGUAUUGCGAUUAUUACUCUAGGAGUUUUCGUUGGAUUUAUUACAGUUUUGAUUGUUGAUAAUGGUAUAGCUGCUCUAUCUUAUAUUUAUAUGAAUGCUGCUAGAAAAAAUAAAAGAGAAUUGGUUGAAACUGAUGCAGAAAAAGUACUAAAAUCAAAAAAACAAACAAAUAAAACUGGUACAUCAUCAACAGCACAACAAACAGAAGUUAAAAAUGAUACAUCUGAAUUGAAUAAAAGUGAUAGUUCAGAUGAUGAAUUAAAUAUUUCUGAUGUCGCACAAACAAAAGAUGAUCUAGAAGAAGAAACAACAACUGAUCAGAUAGUUCGUCAACGUCGAGUAGAAAAAUAA